ACCUCCGGAGGGCUGGGCCGGUUUGGGGCGCGGUGUGGCGAGGGGACCCACCCCGUUUUCCCGACUAUUUGCAUAACGGAGACGGCUAGUUUCCCCCGCCCCUUCGCCGCACUCUUCUUCCCUCCUUCCCGCGUCCGCGCCACCCCUCAUCCCGUGUCCCCCCUGCUCCUCCCCAAAGACCCUCCUUCAGGGACUCUUGCAUUGGGGCUCCCAGCGCCCGGGCUCUCUGGCCGCCGCCGGGCGAGGAGUCCGGAGGCAUCCGGGGGAGGGGAGUCCCGCGCAGGGCCGGGCUGGGGAAGACGCCUGGGGCACUGCCCCGCGCUAACAAAGGGAACCCGCUGCCUGCCGGCUGGGGGCGUGGACCUGGCGGAGCUGCCGCAGCUUCGGCGGCCGAGAGCGCAGCGAGGCCUCGCGACCCCAUCACCUGAUCUUGUGCAUGGCAUUUGCUUCUCACAUUGUGCCCACUACCUUUCCUUCAAGGGAACUGGGUCUACCACCAGUUCCCUUAUUUAUGGGCAGAGUAGAGUGAAUUGGGUAGAGAUCUGCAAAGAGCAUCUUAGAGAGAAGCAGUGAAGUCCUGCACCGCAGCUGAAAUGAACUGGCCCACUUGAACCUGCCCAAGUCCUGGGGCAAGGCCUCUGUCCCAGCGCUGAGUGUUUUGGCCAUGAGGCAUGCGGGAUCUCAGCUUCCUGACCAGGGAUUGAACCUGCACCCCCCUGCAUUGGAAGGCGAAGUUCUGUCUGACCACAGGAUCGCCAGGGAAGUCCCUUAACCGUAGAUUUUUCACCAUUAUAAAUCAUUUUGAAACUGAAAGCUAUUUUUCUUUUUGCACAUGCAUAUUGCUUUAUAAAACUCAUUCUUUACUUCAUGAAUCUUCUUCCAUUUCUCACCACAGCCGUGUAAGAUGCUUUUUCAUCAUCCUGAGAAAAAUGAGCCUUGGCCUCCAGACCCAAUAAAGCAAACAUUCCUCCCAUGGGGAAUAGUGCUGGUUCCUGAGGACCUGGAGGGCCUGCAGCCCCAGGGGGAUUAGCCAGAAGCAGGCCUGUUUUCCUGCUCAGGACAGCGUGGCUUCCUUGAACAUGUCUUUCAUUAUGAUUCACACUAACUUGAAGAAAAAAUUCAGCUGCUGUGUGCUGGUCUUUCUCCUGUUUGCAAUCAUCUGUGUAUGGAAGGAAAAGAAGAAAGGGAGUUACUAUGAGUCCCUUAAACUGCAAACCAAGGAAUUCCAGGUGUUGAGGUCUGGUUCCCAAUCUGUGUCUUCAAGUGGCACCCACAGCCCCCAGAGCGGCAGCCGGGCCCUCAGUGGUCCCAAGGCCAAGCCGGAGGCUACCUUCCAGGUGUGGAACAAGGACAGCUCCACCAAAAACCUUACCCCCAGGCUGCAGAAGAUCUGGAAGAAUUAUCUGAGCAUGAACAAGUACAAAGUGUCCUACAAGGGGCCAGGGCCUGGUGUUAAGUGUGGUGCAGAGGCCCUGCUUUGCCGCCUUCGGGACCACGUGAACGCUUCAAUGGUAGAGGCCACAGAUUUUCCCUUCAACACCUCUGAAUGGGAGGGUUACCUGCCUCAGGAGAACAUUAGGACCAAGGCUGGGCCGUGGGGCAGGUGUGCUGUCGUCUCAUCAGCGGGAUCUCUGAAGUCCUCCCAACUGGGUCAAGAAAUAGAUGAUCACGAUGCAGUCCUGAGGUUUAAUGGGGCACCCACAGCCAACUUCCAACAAGAUGUGGGCACGAAAACCACCAUUCGCCUGAUGAACUCUCAGUUGGUCACCACAGAAGGGCGCUUCCUCAAAGACAGUUUGUACAAUGAAGGAAUCCUAAUUGUAUGGGACCCGUCUGUUUACCAUUCAGAUAUCCCAAAGUGGUACAAGAAUCCCGACUACAGUUUCUUCGAUAACUUCAAGAGUUAUCGUAAGCUGCAUCCUGAUCAGCCCUUUUACAUCCUCAAGCCCCAGAUGCCUUGGGAGCUGUGGGACAUCAUUCAAGAAAUCUCCCCGGAGCAGAUUCAGCCAAACCCCCCCUCUUCUGGGAUGCUUGGCAUCGUCAUCAUGAUGACACUGUGUGACCAGGUGGAUAUUUACGAGUUUCUCCCAUCCAAGCGCAAGACUGACGUGUGCUACUACUACCAGAAGUUCUUCGACAGCGCCUGCACGAUGGGCGCCUACCACCCACUCCUCUUUGAGAAGAACAUGGUGAAGCACCUCAACCGGGGCACGGACGACGACAUUUACCUGCUUGGAAAAGCCACGCUGCCUGGCUUCCGGAGCAUUCGCUGCGGAGCGUAAGCUGCCUGGCCAGGCCCCCUCACCCUUCUCCAUUGGGCAUUUUACAGCUGGUCUCCUGGCCACCCUGGGCCCAGGAAGGCUGUUCCUGAAUGAUCACU